CCCCGGCCCCGGCCCGGGAACCCACCCACCCCCCCCGCCCGGGAUCUCGGGAUUCCCCGCCCCGCAGCCGGGGUUGCGGCCCGGCCCGCAGGUGGUAGCAGCGCGGAGCCGCCCGGAGUCGGCGCGGCCGGAGGUGCAAGCGAGGGUCCAUGCUUGUGAUUCUCAAUGGCGAAUGAAAGCACAGAUUCAUAAUGAAAACCAGCCCCCGUCGGCCAUUGAUUCUCAAGAGACGGAGGCUGCCCCUUCCUGUUCAGAAUGCCCCAAGUGACACAUCAGAAGAGGAGCCUAAGAGGCCCCCUGCCCAACAAGAGCCUACUCAAGCGCAGGCCUCCAAGGAGGUGGCAGAGUCCAAUGCCUGCAAGUUUCCAGCCGGGAUCAAGAUCAUUAACCACCCAACCAUGCCCAACACCCAAGUGGUGGCCGUCCCCAAGAAUGCCAAUAUCCAGAGCAUCAUCACAGCACUGACCGCCAAAGGGAAGGAGAGUGGCAGCAGUGGGCCCAACAAAUUCAUCCUCAUCAGCUGUGGGGAAGCCCCCACUCACCCUCUAGGACCCCAGCCUCAAGGCCAAACCAGCAAUGAUUCCAAGAGGACAGAAGUGAUCACUGAGACCCUGGGACCAAAGUCUGCAACCAGGGACGUGAAUCUUCCUAGACCAUCUGGAGCCCUUCCCAGGCAGAGAUGGGAGAGCUGUGCUGGCGGCGAGGCAGCCGGCUGCACACUAGACAGCAGCUUGACCAACAUCCAGUGGCUUGGAAAGAUGACUUCUGAUGGGCUGGGCUCCUGCAGCAUCAAGCAAGAGGUGGAGGAAAAGGAGAAUCGUCACCUGGAGCAGAGUCUGGCUAAGAGCCCUCAGGUUGAGGGGCCCCCGGGAGCAUCGGCAUCCUGGCCGGACUCAGUGUCUGAGCGGCCACCGUACUCUUACAUGGCCAUGAUACAAUUCGCCAUCAACAGCACGGAGAGGAAGCGCAUGACCCUGAAAGACAUCUACACUUGGAUCGAGGACCACUUCCCCUAUUUCAAGCACAUUGCCAAGCCAGGCUGGAAGAAUUCCAUCCGCCACAACCUCUCUCUCCAUGACAUGUUCGUCCGCGAGACAUCUGCCAACGGCAAGGUCUCCUUCUGGACCAUUCACCCCAGUGCCAAUCGCUACUUGACGCUGGACCAGGUGUUUAAGCCACUGGACCCAGGGUCUCCACAAUCGCCCGAGCACUUGGAAUCACAGCAGAAACGACCCAACCCUGAGCUCCGUCGGAACAUGGCCAUCAAGACUGAACUCCCCGUGGGCUCACGGCGGAAGAUGAAGCCACUGCUGCCGCGGGUCAGCUCGUACCUGGUGCCCAUCCAGUUCCCAGUGAACCAGUCCCUGGUGCUGCAGCCCUCAGUCAAGGUGCCGUUGCCCCUGGCAGCCUCACUCAUGAGCUCAGAGCUCGCCCGCCACAGCAAACGAGUCCGCAUCGCCCCCAAGGUGCUGCUAGCAGACGAGGGGGUCGCCCCUCUGCCCACAGCAGGACCCGUGAAAGAGGAGAAGCUCCUCCUUGGAGAAGGGCUCUCUCCUCUGCUUCCAGUCCAAUCCAUCAAGGAGGAGGAAGUCCAGCCCGGGGAGGAAACGCCACGCUUAGGGAGACCCAUCAAAGUCGAGAGCCCGCCCCUGGAAGAGUGGCCCUCGCCCUGCCCGUCCGUCAAGGAGGAAUCAUCCCACUCCUGGGAGGAUUCGUCCCGCUCCCCCACCCCCAGGCCCAAGAAGUCCUACACUGGGCCCAAGUCCCCUUCCCGCUGUGUCUCUGACCUGCUUGUGAUCAAACGCAGGGAGAGGAGGGAGAUGAGCCGGUCUCGAAGGAAACAGCACCUCCUGCCCCCCUGUGUGGACGAGCCCGAGCUGCUCUUCUCCGAGGGCCUCGGGGCUUCCCGACAAGCCACGGCAGGGCCCUCCCAGCCUGCCUCCCAGCUUGGCUCCUCCCAGGAGGAGGGGGGCCCUUUCGAGACACCCAUUAAGGAGACACUGCCCAUCUCCUCCACCCCAAGCAAAUCUGCCCUCCCCGUGACCCCUGAGUCCUGGAGGCUCACACCCCCAGCCAAAGUGGGGGGGCUCGAUUUCAGCCCCGUACGAACCCCCCAGGGUGCCUUUGGCCCCCUGCCGGACUCCCUGGAGCUGGCGGAUCUCAGCACCACCCCGCUGAAAAGUGUCCCCCUCUUUGACUCCCCCCGAGAGCUCCUCAAUUCAGAGCCCUUCGACCUUACUGCCGACCCCUUCAGCAUCUGUCCCCCCUCAGAUGUGGAGGUCCCCAGGCCAGGCUCCCCCGAGCCGCAGGUGGCUGGCCUCUCGGCCAACCGAUCUCUGACAGAAGGACUGGUCCUGGACACGAUGAAUGACAGCCUCAGCAAGAUCCUGCUGGACAUCAGCUUCCCUGGCCUGGAGGAGGACCCGCUGGGCCCUGACAGCAUCAGCUGGGCUCAGUUCAUUCCCGAGCUGCGGUAGAGAUGGGAUCCCUGCCGCUCAAGCUGUCAGCUCUCCAGCUGCUCAUGGGGCCAGCCUUCCAAGCCCUCUGCGCCAGGACAGCAGGUGGGGGCCAUCUGCUCCUCCAAUGCCCCUGGCCUGGCGAUGCCAAGGCAGGUGUCAGACUGGAGCUGCUACUGGGCCUUCUGCAAGCAUCAAGGUCCUGGUGACCAGUCUCUGUGCCACCCACUCCCCAAGAAUCUGAUUCCUUACUCCCUACCAGGUGCUGAGGGUGGGAACAGUGAAAACAAGGGUGAGAAGAGAUGAGGAGCCCCCCAGACUGUUUGCGUCUGUGCCCAGCAGCCCCCCACCUUCGCUGCUCCAUGCAGGGUGGCCCUUGUAAAUGGUGUGUAUGCUCCAGAUUAUCCUCUAAUUAUAAGUGUGAGCCUCUCUCCUCAGGUCAUUAUCCAGAGACAGCCAGAAGGGAGCUGGGAUGACAACAGGGUUCAGUUUGCUUUUGAUUCCUGGAGGAGAGAGGCCUGCAGUGCCUGGUUCCCUCCAGGCCCCGCCCUCGAGGGUUCCUCACUGUGGGGGCCCAGGCGAGUGGGUCUGUUUGCCAGGGUCCCUCUUACUGCCCCUCCCUCCCACCUGGCCACGUUUCCAAGUCAGCCUUCCUGCGAGAAGAAAUCCUGGUGAAAGGGUCUCUUAUUGUGGGUCAAGCGUUGAAUUGGGGUGGGGGGAUGGAGGCACCUGGAGCAGCGUAGGUGCCCAGAUGUGCCCGAGAGAUGUUUCUCUGAUAAGGUCCCUAAUUGUGCCAGAGAGACACGUUAGGAGACCAGCAUGCCUGCCUGCCCGCCCGCCUGAGUUGGCACUGCAGCUUUGCAGAGAGCUUCCCUGGGCCCCAGCUCCAGAACACUACUGUCACUACCUGCUCAAUAAAGCCCAGGGGCACAUG